AGUUGUCAAAUAUAGGAUAAAUAUUUUAACACGGUAAAUUCGGUAAAUGGUGGACUGUAAUUCAAGCCAUUUACUAUUACUUACAAGACUAUAAUGUAAUUGUAAGUAAUAGUAAAUGUGUCAAUUACAUUAAUAAGUCUUGGACAAAGACAAAGCAACUGUAUAAGUUAAAUAAAAGUAAGAACCCAAACAUGUAUUUUGUUUGCAUGAGAAAAGGUUAGAAACUGCACCUCUGAUUCACCGAUUUUUAUUCUGUCUGCUAUUGUCUGCUGGCUGAAGCACCACAGAUAAUGCGAUUAAAGGUUUAUUGGGGCCAAAAGCCUCUUAUGUUGAUGUUGUUGUCCAAAAAAAACUAUGACAAUGACAGUGUUCCCUCCUACAAAACCCACCAUCUCUCUACACAGACAAAUGAACUAACACAACCCAGUGAAAGAGAGGACAGAAUAGUUCUCUUUCUGUCAGUGAUGGCGCAACACACACCACCACUGCUAGUGAUGCUUCUCUUAUGUACCCUUUCUGCCAGCUCAUCAUUCCAGCCAGCUCUGGUGUUAGAAAUGGCUAAGAUUCUGCUGGAAAACUACUGCUUCCCUGAGAACCUGGUUGGGAUGCAGGAAGCCAUCCAACAAGCCAUCAACAGCGGAGAAAUCCUGCAGAUUUCAGACAGAAAGACCCUGGCAGCUGUGCUGACAGUCGGAGUACAAGGGGCACUGAACGAUCCGCGGUUGACUGUUUCAUAUGAGCCCAAUUUUGUCCCAGUGAUGCCACUGAUGCUGCCAUCUCUUCCAAUAGAGCAACUGAUCCGGCUGGUGAAGAACUCUGUCAAGCUGGAUAUCCUUGAAAAUAACAUUGGCUACUUGCGGAUAGAUCGGAUCAUUGGUGAGGAGACAGCAGCAAAGCUUGGCUCUUUGCUGAGGGAAAACAUCUGGGACAAAGUUGCUCACACAUCCUCACUGAUCUUUGACCUGAGGUACAGCACAGCAGGAGAACAGUCUGGAGUUCCCUUUAUAAUCUCCUAUUUCUCGGACUCUGAGCCCCUCGUUCAUAUUGACACUGUGUAUGACAGGCCUUCAAAUACAACCAGGGAGUUGUGGACCAUUCCGUCGAUAAUGGCAGAAAGAUAUGGAAAGAAGAAGGACGUGAUUAUCUUGACCAGUAAGCGUACCAUUGGGGCGGCUGAAGCAGUGGCAUAUACACUAAAACACCUAAAGAGGGCCAUCAUAGUUGGAGAAAGGUCGGCUGGUGGGUCAGUAAAAGUCAGAAAGAUUAGGAUCGCCCAGUCAGAGUUCUACAUAACAGUUCCUGUGGCAAGAUCUGUCAGUCCAAUUACAGGCCAGAGCUGGGAAGUGAGUGGUGUUUCCCCGACAGUCAACGUCAAUUCCAAGGAAGCUGUUACAAAAGCCAAGUCCCUUCUGGCUGUAAGGGGUGCCAUUCCUAAAGCUGUACAACAUAUCUCCGACAUAAUCGGGAGGUUCUAUGCUUUCACUGACAGAGUUCCAGCUCUUCUUCAACAUUUGCUAUCUACAGACUUAUUCUCUAUUGUAUCUGAGGAGGACCUUGCAGUCUGUCUCAACCAGGACCUCCAGACUGUGUCUGAAGAUCCACGACUAAUCAUUAAAUACAUGCAAAACAAUGCUGCCAUUGUAGAGGAGGAUGCUGAGCUUUACACAGUCCCAGAAGAUCCACAAUUAUUACAAGCAAUGGUUGAUAAAAUGUUCAAAGUGGAAAUUCUCCCUGGUAAUACUGGAUAUCUGCGUUUUGACAAGUUUGUCAAGUUGUCUGCAGUGGAUAAAUUUGAUGAGCUCAUGGCCAAAAAGGUGUGGGAGCCCCUCAAAGAUACUAAUAACCUGAUUAUUGAUCUGCGCUAUAACACUGGUGGAUCCUCUACCUCUCUUGCACUUAUACUGUCUUAUCUGCAGGAUUCCGCCCAGAACUAUAAUUUUUUCACAAUAUAUGACCGAAUUCAGAACACAACAACAGAACAUGGCUCUCUGCCCAAAAUUACAGGCCCAACCUAUGGCUCCAAACGUGGGGUUUACGUGUUGACCAGCUACUACACAGCAAGCGUUGGGGAGGAGUUCGCUUACCUGAUGCAGUCCCUACAUCGUGGCACAGUCAUUGGGGAAAUCACAUCAGGUACCCUGAUGCACUCAAAGACAUUUCAAAUAGAGGAAACAUAUAUUACCAUCACUGUGCCCUUCAUAAACUUCAUAGACAACAAUGGGGAAUGCUGGCUGGGAGGUGGUGUGGUCCCUGAUUCCAUUGUAUUAGCCGAGGAAGCUGUGGACCACGUUCAUGAGAUUGCAGAUUUUCACCAUGGGCUCAGGUCCCUCAUAGAGGAAACAGGGAAAUUGUUAGAAAAGCACUAUGCAAUCCAUGAAGUUGCACUAAAGGUCAGCAAGGUGCUGCUGAGUAAAUGGGCUGAAGGUUUUUACUGGUCUGUGGUUGACUUUGAAUCUCUGGCAUCUCAGCUGACAGCAGACCUCCAAGAGACUUCAGGCGAUCACCGCCUCCACAUCUUCCAUUGUGAUGUUGAGCCUGAGUCACUUCAUGAAGUCCCAAAGAUCCCUACAGCAGAAGAAGUGGGAUAUAUAAUCAACGCUCUGUUUAAAACUGAGCUUCUGCCAGGUAAUGUUGGCUAUCUAAGGUUUGACAUGAUGGCAGAUGUAGAGGUGGUAAAAGCCAUUGGGCCUCAGCUGAUAACGUCUGUGUGGAGCAAGAUAUUGAACACAGAUGCCCUCAUAAUUGACAUGAGGUACAACACUGGUGGUUAUUCAACAGCCAUCCCCCUCUUGUGCACCUAUUUCUUUGAUACUGAACCUUUGCGGCAUCUUUACACUGUUUUCGACCGCACCACAACCACCAUGACAGAGGUCAUGACAUUGCCUCAGGUCAGAGGUCAAAGGUAUGGGUCCUCCAAGGACGUCUACAUCCUCACCAGUCAUAUGACCGGGUCAGCAGCUGAAGUGUUCACCCGCACUAUGAAGGACCUGAAUCGGGCCACAAUCAUUGGGGAGCCAACAAUUGGAGGGUCUUUAUCAAGUGGAACCUAUCAGAUCGGGGACAGCGUUCUGUACGCUUCCAUCCCUAACCAGAUUGUUUUGAGUGCCAUCACUGGGAAAGUGUGGAGCCUUGCAGGGGUUGAGCCUCAUGUUUUUGCCCAGGCAAAUAAUGCUCUUCCUGUAGCACAGAGGAUUAUUGCAAUUGUCAACCUCCGUGCCCAAGUUCCAACCAUCAUUGAGGAGUCAGCAACCCUGAUUGCUGACAACUAUGCCUUCGAGGAUGUCGGUGCUGAUGUUGCAGCAAAGCUGAAAGGGCUCCUAGCAAACAGUGAGUACAGCAUGGUUGUCUCCAAGGCCAGUCUGGAGGCUAAACUGUCCGCUGACCUGAAGACACUAUCUGGGGACAAGAGUCUGAAGACCACGAGCAACACCCCAGUCCUGCCACCAAUGGACUAUUCUCCAGAGAUGUACAUUGAGCUGAUCAAAGUCUCCUUCCACACUGACAUAUUUGAGAACAACAUUGGCUACCUGCGUUUUGACAUGUUCGGAGACUUCGAGGAGGUGAAGGCCAUUGCCCAAAUUAUUGUUGAGCAUGUCUGGAACAAAGUUGUCAACACUGAUGCUAUGAUCAUCGACCUCAGGAACAAUCUUGGCGGCCCAACAACAGCCAUCUCAGGCUUCUGCUCUUACUUCUUUGAUGCCGACAAGCAAAUUGUGCUGGACAAGCUGUACGACAGACCAUCUGGCACCACCACAGAGCUCCAGACCCUGCCUGAGCUCACUGGCAUAAGGUAUGGCUCCAAGAAGAGCCUGAUCAUCCUGACCAGCGGAGCGACUGCCGGUGCAGCAGAGGAGUUUGUUUACAUCAUGAAGAAGCUUGGCCGCGCUAUGAUCGUCGGAGAGACCACCGCCGGAGGCUCCCACCCACCCAAGACAUUCCGUGUUGGUGAGACCGACAUCUUCCUCAGCAUCCCCACUGUCCACUCCGACACUGCCGCUGGGCCAGCCUGGGAGGGAGCUGGAAUCGCACCUCACAUACCCGUCUCAGCUGAUGCUGCUCUUGGGACCGCCAAGGGCAUCUUCAACAAGCACUUUGCAGGCCAGAAGUAAAACAUGUCUUAAACAGAGCCAGGGGGUUUCAACAGUCACUUAUGCUUUGGCAGCCAAAUGGUUUCAAGAUUUAGAAUCUAGACUUGUUCAAGAAGUGAAGAAUGUAGGUUAAGCACAAAAUCCAGAGUGUAAUCUGUUAUUUGUUCUUGCAAUACAUAAGCCUUUUUAGCCUGUUUGCAAUGUAGAGCAAAGGUUCUAAAGCAGGAUUUACUUCUAGUUUUUAUUUCUGUUGAAUGCUACUCUGGCUGAAGGUAAAUGAAGAUGAAAAACUGGUUAUUUUGUGAAUUGGGUAUGAAGAUGUCUGUGUCAGUUGCAUCAUCAAAACACCUUUCAAAAAUUAAAUUUUUGAGAAGUCACUUUUGUAACAACAAAAGUAUACACUAAGUUGGGGCCUCUGUAAAGUAAUCCACUACUCUGUUCAGAAAACAUCACAUGUGAUGUCCACAUUGUGUAUUGGCAAUGCUGUAUGCCCAUUAUGCAGUGAACUUCAUGCAGUGUGGACCUACUUGGGUUGUAUCAAUUCCAGUGGUGAGACACAAUA